UCUAAAAAAAUACUCCCAGGAAUACUUAUUUCGUUUGACAGUCAGUCACCUUAGCACAGCUUUUUUCGUAAAAUCCGCCGUUUCUUCCUCUGUCUCUCUCCUGUCUGAAAACACACCCUUCAAGAUCCAACAAGCUCAAACUCAAACUCAAACUCAAACUCAAACCCAACUCUCUCUCUCUCUCUCUCUAACUAAGAUUAUAUGUCUCUUCUCUCUCCUCACCACAACCAGCUCCACCUCCAACAAUGACAUCUCCCAAAACCCUACUUUCUCUCUCUGCCCUUUUCUUCUUUCUCCUCGCCGUCCUCUCUCUCUCCUCAGCUGACGAGGCCGCCGUCAUAACCAAGCUCGCCAACAGCCUCUCCCCAGCCCCAUCCGACUGGACCGGCGCCGACUACUGUAACUGGUCCGGCCUCAACUGCGACAGCUCGAACCGGGUCACCGGCAUCAACCUCAAUUCCAAAUCUCUCUCCGGUUCUCUCCCCUCCGAUCUCAACCAGCUCACCCAGCUCAAGUCCCUCUCUCUCCAGAAGAACGCCCUCUCUGGGUCUCUCCCAUCUCUCGCCAAUCUCACUUCCCUCGAACAAAUCUUCUUGGACAGCAACAAUUUCACUUCGAUUCCCUCAGAUUUCUUUGUGGGUCUCACCAAUUUGCAGACUUUGAGUCUCAGCGACAACCCCAGGUUGUCGCCAUGGACGAUUCCUCAAGAUUUGACCCAAUCUAGCAGUUUGGGCACAUUGUAUGCUAGUAAUGCCAACUUGGUCGGUUCGAUACCGGACUUUUUCAGUAACUUCCCCAAUUUGCAGAAUCUCCGGCUGUCUUACAACAAUUUGACCGGUUCGUUGCCGGCGUCUUUCGGGUCAUCGGAGAUUCAGAACCUCUGGCUGAACAAUCAGUUGAUGGGAUUGUCGGGUACGAUCGACGUGUUGUCCGCGAUGACCCAGCUCUCUCAGGUGUGGAUACAGCAAAAUGGGUUCACGGGUCCGAUCCCGGACCUGUCUCAGUGUGCGAAUCUCUUCGAUUUGCAGCUCCGGGACAAUCGGUUCACCGGUGUCGUGCCUCCGACGCUGGGUUCUCUUCCCAAAUUGGUGAAUAUCUCGUUGCAGAACAAUAAAUUGCAGGGUCCUAUGCCUUCGUUUGGCAAUGGAGUUACAGUGGCACUCGGGACGACGAAUAGCUUCUGCAAGAGCACUCCGGGACCCUGUGAUUCGCAGGUGACCACGCUUCUCGAGAUCGCCGGAGCUAUCGGGUAUCCGAUGAACUUGGCCGAGUCGUGGGAAGGGAAUGAUGCUUGCCAGAAAUGGACAUUCAUCACCUGUGAUCCGCAGGGGAAGAAUGUGACAACUAUCAAUUUCGGGAAGCAGCAUUUUUCAGGAACAAUUUCGGCUGCUUUCGCCAAUCUAUCUUCACUGCGUGUUUUGUAUUUGAAUGAUAAUAAUCUCAGUGGGUCAAUUCCAGAUAGCUUGGCAACUUUGCCUAACCUUCAAACACUUGAUGUUUCGAACAACAAUCUAAGUGGGCAAGUCCCAGUUUUUCCAUCAACUGUGAAGCUGACUUCGGCGGGCAAUCUCUUACUGGGGAAGAACACGAGCUCCGGGGGUGGAGGAAGUGGUGGAACACCGGGUUCUGGAUCGAAUUCUACUACGCCGUCCGGAGGUUCUCCCGGGACUUCAAAAGGGUCUUCUGUUUCAGCAGGUAUGGUUGCUGGACUUGUGGUUGCUCUUGUAGUUUUUAUUGGGGUUGUGUUGUUUGUGUCAUACAAAUGCUAUGUUAAGAAACGGCAUCAGAGAUUUGGGAGGGUAGGGAGUCCCGAAAAAGCGCAGGACAUGGUGAAGAUUGGCAUGAUGGGUAAUAGCAAUGGGUAUGGUGGAGUGCCAAGCGAAUUGCACAGCCAGAGCAGUGGUGAUCAUGGUGACAUGAAUAUUUUUGAAGGUGGGAAUGUUGCGAUUUCGAUUCAAGUUCUUCGACAAGUGACAGACAAUUUCAGUGAAAAUAAUAUUUUGGGUAGAGGAGGAUUUGGAGUUGUGUACAAAGGGGAAUUGCACGACGGGACGAAGAUUGCGGUGAAGAGGAUGGAAUCUGUGGCAAUGGGUAACAAAGGAAUGAAUGAGUUCCAAGCAGAAAUCGCGGUCUUGACGAAAGUUAGGCAUAGGCAUUUGGUGGCUCUUUUGGGUUAUUGCAUCAAUGGCAAUGAGAGGCUUUUGGUAUAUGAAUAUAUGCCACAGGGGACUCUUUCGCAGCAUUUGUUUGAGAAGCAUGGAUAUCCUCCUCUUACUUGGAAGCAAAGGGUGACAAUAGCAUUGGAUGUGGCAAGAGGGGUUGAGUAUUUGCAUGGUUUAGCACAACAAAGUUUCAUUCAUAGGGACUUAAAACCAUCCAACAUACUUCUUGGAGAUGACAUGAGAGCCAAGGUUGCCGAUUUCGGUUUGGUCAAAAAUGCACCCGACGGGGGGAAGUAUUCUCUUGAGACGCGUUUGGCAGGAACUUUCGGUUAUCUUGCACCCGAGUAUGCUGAAACUGGAAGGGUCACUACGAAAGUGGAUGUGUAUGCAUAUGGAGUGGUUUUGAUGGAGAUAAUCACAGGCAGAAAAGCGCUAGACGAAACAGUGCCAGAUGAGAGAUCUCAGUUGGUUACAUGGUUCCGGAGGGUCCUAAUUAACAAAGAAAACAUUCCCAAGGCUAUUGAUCAAACUCUUGAACCGGACGAGGAGACUUUAGAGAGCAUCUGCAAGGUGGCCGAGCUGGCAUUUCACUGCACUGCACGCGAUCCGUUACAGAGACCGGAUAUGGGCCACGCGGUUAAUAUUUUGGGUCCCCUUGUGGAGCAGUGGAAACCUACUUGCCAUGAAGAAGAAGACAACUAUGGCAUUGAUCUCCACAUGAGCCUUCCUCAAGCUCUUCAAAGAUGGCAAGCUGCUGAAGGCACAUCCACAUUGAUCCAUGAUCUAUCGAACAGCAGAACCCAUUCAAGCAUUCCUUCAGAGCCAUUCGCGGACACAUUUCAUUCUAUGGAUUGCCGAUGACAGAGAAGCGAUCGAGCUCAGUAACAGUACUGUGGUUUUAUUGGAUUUAUUUAUUUUUCCCAAUUUUUUCGAUCUUUUGACAUGGAUGUGCCUUUCUUAUAUGCUGCUAUUCUCAUAAUCUGUGUUGUGAAAACAACUGAAACAAUAGAUUGUCUGUAUUUUAUGUUUGGAUUCUUUAAAGCUGACUGGUAAGUUGAUGAGAGCUUGAGGAGGUAGAACUUGGGUUUGUUAUGGUGGGGGGUUAAAAACAGAAAAAGAGUAAAGAAAGAAGAUGGAAUAUAAAUGUGUGUAUCAAUUCCUUUUUAUUGUUCAUCAAUGAUGUUAUAUUCAUUGUUCUAUGUAAAUCAUGGUCAAGAUUUUAAAUAAUAGUAAAUGCAUAUAAUGAUUUUGAAUA